AUGAUCUUUGGCUUAGUUUAUAGUUCCUUUUCAGCACCACGCUGGCCUUCAUCAUAUACAUUAAAGGGAACCUGGAAAGUUCCAUAUACAAACUUGAGCAAUCACCUUGUCGUUGUUCAAGAACCAACUCGUCAGUAUAUCAACGAGCAUAAUGGCUUAUUACAAAUCUGGAACACUGGCCCAGAGCAGCAUUUCCAUCGUAAAAUUGUUGCAGCUGAUAAUGACACGAUUUGCUUCGGCUGGGAUGAUGAUCAACCAUGGACAAUCGAUUUUACAGAGUUUUUACCAGAUCUUUCAGAAUACAAAUUACAAGAUGGCACAUAUACAUACAAUGGACACCUUUGCAACAUGUGGAGCAAAGUUAUUAAUGGUCCAAAGACUCAGACAUGGGAAAUGUACAUAGAAGUCGGUACAGGCAAGCCAAUUGCUUAUAAGGCUCAUGCUAUUUCAAUUUAUCACUCACAUUACGACGUUUAUAUCCUUGAAAUUGAUGAAUUCGCUCCAGAAGCUGCUGUAGGUGUUUGGAGCAUCCCAAGCAUCUGCGACAAUCCAAAGCAAAACGAUCCAUACCCAGGCUCGAUGUACGAUCUCUUCUUCCCCAAGAAAAACGUAAAUACCUACGCAAAUCAAGUCAAAUCGACAAAAUCAUACCAGACAACUACACAAAACAGAUUCUCACACAUGACACCAUCCGACUGGCUCAAAUCCAUCAAGCGAUCUACAAAUGCCAAACCAUGGUACGAUGAUGAAGAUCCAUUAUGGGAUCAGUGCACAUUAUUCAAGGGCAGCAAGGAUUUCGUACCUCCUGAGAGCUUCUCAUGGCGCGAUCAGCCCAAUAUUGUCACUCCUCCAAGAGAUCAAGUCGCAUGCGGAUCAUGCUGGGCCUUUGGAACAGCCGGACUCCUUGAAUCAGCCUUUGCCAUCAAGACAGGCAAGUUACGUCCGGUUUCUACGAACCAAAUCAUGGAUUGCAGUUGGGAUGCCAGAAAUUACGGUUGCCAGGGCGGUGAAAUUGGUCCAUCCUUAACCUCCUUCAUGAAUAAGUCCAUGAAGAUCGCUACAGAGAAGUCAUAUCCGUACAUGGGAGUAUCCGGACUUUGUAAUUCGAAGCCAGAGGAGUAUCUCGGCCGCGUUAAGAGUUGUUUCCACGUGGAGAAGAAGAGGAACGCUGUUAAAGAGGCUUUGUACAAGUUCGGACCAUUGGGAAUUUCGAUUAAUGUAAUUGAAGACAUGGCUCUGUACACAGGCGGUGUUUUCGACGAAGAAGAGUGCACUGGCGCUGAUGAUGACUUGGUCCACAUCGUUCAGUUGACAGGAUGGAGAGUUAUUGACGGAAAAGAAGCUUGGGAAGUCAAAAACUCUUGGUCUACAAACUGGGGUGAUGAAGGAUACAUUUAUAUACAGUCUGAAGUACAGGAGAAGAACUGUGGUGUAACAUCUAGAGCUGUUGGUGUAAUUGUUGAAUAA